GUGAUAAUGGAGAGUACAUGCUAUCUGAAAAAGUUAUUAAUAACAACAACAAGGGGGUCCUAAAGCCUCUUCCCCACUACACAGUCUGUCCCUUCACCCUCUGAGACCCACCUCACGUUCCUUUUAGUGAAAGCAGCGACCUCUCCUCUGCUACACAUCGAGUCCCUCCAUCAGCUCUUAGAAGAUCCACCGUUGCACACCUGAACGCUCGCCGUCAUGUCUGACAACGAGGAAGUGGUGGAGGAGUGUGAGGAGGAGGUUGCAGAAGAGGAGACUACUGAAGAGGCCGUGCAGGGAGAGGACGAACCGGCUGCAGAGGAGGAGGCCAACGAAGAACAAGAUGGAGAAGAGGAGGCGGAGGAGGGAGAAGAGGAGGAGGCCAAACCCAAAUUCAAGCCAUUUAUGAUGCCAAACCUAAUCCCUCCUAAGAUCCCAGAUGGAGAGAAGGUGGAUUUUGAUGAUAUCCAUCGUAAAAGGAUGGAGAAGGACCUGAUGGAGCUUCAGACUUUGAUCGAGGUUCACUUUGAGAGCAGAAAGAAGGAAGAAGAUGAUAUCAUUAAUCUCAAAGACAGGAUUGAGAAGCGCCGUUCUGAGCGAGCAGAGCAGCACAGAAUCCGCAGUGAGAGAGAGAAAGAGCGACAGAAGCGUCUUGAGGAUGAGAGAACUCGUAAGGAGGAGGAGGAGGCCAAGAAGAGAGCAGACGACGACGCCAAGAAGAAGAAAACCCUCACCAGCCUCCACUUCGGAGGAUACAUGCAGAAGUUGACGGAAAAACGGAGUGGUAAGAGGCAGACUGAGAGAGAGAAGAAGAAGAAGAUCCUGAACGACAGACGCAAAUAUCUGGAUGUCGAGAACAUGAGCCAGGACAGACUCAAGGAUAAAGCUAAAGAGCUGUGGGACUGGAUGCAAGAGCUGGAGGCAGAGAAGUUUGAACUGCAGUACCAGCUGACCACACAGAAAUAUGAGAUUAAUGUGCUGAGGAACCGCGUCAGUGACCAUCAGAAAACAUCCAAGAGGAGCAAAAGAGGCCUGAGGAAAUAAUCGCAGACAUGCCAAGUGAGCAGCGUAACCAUCGGCUCCGUCUUGCAGCCACCACCUCAAACCAAGCCCUAUAGCUUAUCUACCACACCCCAGUCCCACCUGUUUCCCCAGUGCCAUCACCUACAGUACCAAUUAUAUCCAGUUAUCCAGCGCCAUGUCACUCUGUUGUUUUAUUGCCAUCCAUUAAAUUUGAUUCUCUGUUUUGAAGGGUAUAAAUAAAACAAUCUUAGUUCAAUCAAUUAAA